GGCGCCGCGGGGGCGCAGGGUCACCAUCUUGAAUAUGCUGAAGCCGCAGGUAGUCCAAAACUCCUCCUCCGGGGCGAAGGAGAUCGGCGGCGGUGGGUUUCUUUCCAGUGGGUGGUACUACGCAAAUCAGAGUUUGCUCUUGGGUGUCUUGUUAGCAAUUGCAGGAAACUUUCUCAUCAGCAUCUCUUUGAAUCUGCAGAAAUGCUCCCAUCUACGACUGAUGCACCAAGCCAGUCAGAAGCCUUGCUACAGAAGCAAGCUGUGGUGGUGUGGAACGAUUCUUAUGGGGAUUGGAGAACUCGGGAACUUUGCUGCGUAUGGCCUUGCUGCGGCUAUGGUCAUCGCUCCCCUAGGAAGCAUGGCUGUCAUCGGUAGUGCAGUUAUAUCUAUCAUGUUUUUGAAAGGGAGCAUUAGAUCUGAAGGCAUAUUAGGUGGAACUAUGACCAUUGCAGGAACAUUUUUAUUGGUGACAUUUGCUCCACGCAUUACACAAGAACUCACAGCAAGAAAGAUACAGAAUGAUUUAGUAAGCUGGCAGUUCUUGAUUUAUGUGAUCUUGGAAAUAAUAACAUUCUGCAUACUGUUCUAUUUCCAUAAAAGAAAGGAAGUGAAACACAUUGUGAUUCUGUUAGUAAUGGUAGCACUGCUAGCAUCUUUGAGCAUCAUUUCAACAAAAGCUGUGGCAACCAUGAUUAUGGUUUCUGUGAAGGGGAACAUGCAGCUCACCUACCCCAUUUUCUAUGUCAUGUUCAUUCUAAUGGUACUAACUUGUACAUUCCAAGUCAAGUUCUUGAACAAAGCAAUGAAUCUCUAUGCUGCUGCAGAAGUCAUCCCGAUGAACUAUGUGUUCUUCACUAUUAGUGCUAUUCUGACAGGGGCCAUAUUUUAUCAGGAAUUCCAAGGUGCAGUUCUGCUGAGCGGUUUCAUGUUUCUAUUUGGGUGCUUUCUGUCUUUUGUUGGGGUGUUUAUAAUCACCCAGAACAGAGGCAAUGAACCUCUGACGAGUUUUUAUAUUGACUAUGGACACAUUCCUGGGAAGAAGAUGAAGAGCAAAAUACAGCCAGAUUCAAACAGCUUAUCCUAUGGCUCUUUAUGUAAUGAAUGUGACUCUGUGAAGACUCACAGCUAAGAGAAAAAAAGCAUCUUAAAUUCCAGUUAACAAGAAAAACCUUCUAUUUAUUGGCUUUGUAUUCAACACCACCCUUUUAUCACACAUGUUCAUUAUGUGUCAAGUUAUUUUAUCCUGACAGCUCUUAUAGUUAUUUAAUCCUCUUUGAGGAUCCCCUGACUAUCACAAA